CAUGGCUUCCAUCACAUUCUGGUUGAGGAGGAAGAUCGACCGAAAACGGCCUUCGUACUGUUUGAAGGCACGUGGCAGUGGGUUCGAUGUCCGAUGGGGAUUUCCAAUGCGCCUGCCACGUUUCAAUGGGCUAUGAACGUGACAUUUCAGAACUUCGUCAACAAGACACGGCUCACUCAAGGGAUGAUGAACUUCUGCGUAAUCGUGUACAUGGACGACAUCCUCGUCUACUCGGAGACCUAUCACGGGCAUGCACACCACAUCAAAUGGACACUAGGAGCUCUGAGAGAUGCUGGGUUUAAGAUUGCGCUCGAGAAGAGCGAGUUUUUCCUCUCGAAAAUCUCGUUCUUGGGUUACGUGGUAACACGUGGAGGACUCUGGACGUCUCGACACGAGCCCGUGGUGUGGCCGGCGUGCCUCGGGGAGCUAGCAGGGAGUAACAACAACCCGCCAUCACAGCAACAAUACCUGGACCCGCGGGGAAUAAUCGACCUCGCCUUCUUUCAGCCUCGAACGGUCUCCGAAGACGAAGCGAUAACACUAGAGGAGGAGGAGAAAGAGGAAGAAGAGGGAGGAGAAGAGGAAAAAGAAGAGGAAGAAGAAGAGGAAACCCCGGAAGAAGGAAGUUGCAGCGAGCAUGGCGAGGGGGAGCAGAGCGAAGAAGAAGAAGACGAAGAAGAAGAAGAUCAGCUGGAGGAAGAGGAGGAAUCUGAGUGGGAGAUGUUGGGAGAAGAGGAGGAUCGAGCAAAGCCUCACGAGAAGGAUCCCGAGGCAGCGAGAAGAAGAGAAGAGAUCGCGGCAGGCAAGUUGCCGCUGGAGUUCCCGAGUGGAGUGGACCUGCUGAUCCCGAACGACCCAGCCAAGGAUCCCGAGUCACCCAAGGGCAACGAUGGGGACCUUGCUGCCGAGACUUCGAGCGCACCGGCCAGACGGCGACGAAGCCCAUCCCCCUCCCCCUCCACCUCAGCCCGUCCACCAGUUCGAGCUCGUACCGAUGCGGGGCAUCGAGCUUCAUCCCCGGUCCUUAUCCCGUCGUCCCGUUGACCACGUCACCCUCCGCCAGAUCACAACCCGCAUCACCUUCCCUUGCAAUCCCUUCCCAAUCGACACCUUCCGCUU